CGGCAGGACAUGGGAGCGCGGCCCUCGCGACGGCAGAUGACUGAAGCUCGGCGCCUGGCUCUGACCAAGCUGCCCCCUGAGCUGCUGGUGCAGGUGCUGAGCCACGUGCCUCCUCGCGCUUUAGUGACCCGCUGCCGGCCCGUGUGCCGCGCCUGGCGCGACCUGGUAGAUGGCCCCAGUAUAUGGCUGCUGCAACUAGCUCGCGACCACAGUGCGGAGGGCAGAGCCCUCUACGCCUUGGCCCAGCGCUAUCCCGCCAACGCCGACGGCAACCGCCACGACGAGUUCCCAUUCUGUGCCCUGGCCCGCUUCUGCCUGAGAGCGCCGUUUGGCCGCAACCUCAUCUACAACUCCUGCGGAGAACAAGGCUUCAGAGGUUGGCAAGUGGAGCACGGCGGGAACGGUUGGGCCGUGGAAAAGAAUUUGACGCUGGUACCAGGGGCUCCUUCACAGACCUGCUUCGUGACUUCUUUUGAGUGGUGCUUCAAGAGGCAGCUUGUAGACCUGGUGGAGGAAGGAGUGUGGCAGGAGCUAUUGGACAGUGGCCAGAUUGAGAUCUGCAUAGCUGACUGGUGGGGCGCCCGUGAGAACUGCGGCUGCAUCUACCGGCUUCGGGUUCGCCUACUGGAUGAAUACGAAAACGAAGUGGUCAAGUUCUCUGCCUCACCCAACCCAGUCCUUCAGUGGACUGAGAGGAGCUGCCGAAAAGUCUCUCACGUCUUCACUAACUUUGGCAAGGGCAUCCGGUAUGUGUCUUUUGAGCAGUAUGGAAGAGACACGCGUUCCUGGGUGGGACACUAUGGUGCCCUUGUAACCCACUCCAGUGUGCGGGUCAGGAUCCAUCUGUCCUAGCUGACCAGUCUGAUUGGAACUUCCGGGACACACUGCCUUCUCCUGGAUGGUGUUAAAACCAAAGGUGACUUUGCAGUCCCCAGCUGAUGGGUAUUUGGGGAAAAGAGGAGAUCCUAUGUGUUCCUCCUGCUGUGACAAACCAGGGACUACCAGCUUGUUCGUGGCUUCUGUCUCUCAAGCAGGGACUACCAUGAUGUGCUGCAGACAUCUCUAGGCUGCUAUGCCUGACAACUACUCCAUGUGUGGAUCCUAGUGGGUAAACUGUCAAAAAAAAAGCCGGCCAAGCCAGACUUGAGACCACACACUUCUGGUCCCCACAUCUAGAUAAAUGGAGGAGCAUCAGGAGUUCAAAGUCAUCCUCAGCUGUAUACUGACUUCAAGGCCAGACCUAUAUGAGACCCUGUCCAAAAAAAAAAAAAGAGAGAAAAUAUCCAAUAGACCAAGUUUGAAAUUAUAACAAAAGGAGAAAGCUACUUAUAAGACAGUGACUUUUAAAAAAUUUA